GUUAAAGACAGCAGACUCACCGCUGUCAACGUCGGCGAAAGGUGUGCUGCAAUACGAGAGACGUCGACAGAAACAGUUUAUUUUUUAUUGCUGUUAUAGGAACGUAUUAAACGAAUUCGGUGAAACGGAACAUUGCAGAGAUGGAAUGGCCGUACCUUCAGCUCUAGAAUUACUUGAUCGCCUGCGAAUUUAUCAUCUCGAUGGAGCAACAAACAAGUCGUUUGACACCAUGUCACCAGAGGAACUCAUGCAGUACAGACUGGUGUUCUGGUUGUCAGCGUAACGGUCCGAGAAAGCCGCCGUUGCGAGCCACAGUUUGCACACCCAGGCUUAUUUUGUCACCAUGGACUCGGAAGAAGACCCGGAAGACUGCUGACCGGAAAGAGUCACUACCCUGAGCCUAGGGACCGAAGAAGGGCACUGACGCGAUGGACUACUGGCCGCCGGGUCCGUCGAGUCAGGAAGACCACCGAGAGGGUAGCAAACCUUGGCGCUGGAAGCUGCCAGCCAUUAAUCCAGCCCUACCCUUAUAUUUGGCAUCGCCACUGACAGUUUUUAUCCUCACGCUCUGUUGUCUUAUAAGUGGACUCCUUGCCGAUGACCCGUGUUCCGGACUUUGCGACUGCAAAUGGAAAAGUGGCAAAGAAUCUGCAACUUGUGUCAAUGCCAAACUGACAGAAAUCCCGAAGGGAUUAGAUGCCGGGACGCAGGUGUUGAAUCUAACAGGAAACAAAUUAGGAAAUCUAGAGAAAGAUGCCUUUGUUGAAGCAAAGUUAUUAAACCUUCAAAAAAUUUACUUAUCGAAAUGUCGUAUUAAAACUCUUGAUCGAUUUGCAUUUCGUAAACUAAUUAAUCUAGUUGAACUGGAUCUCAGUUACAAUUCGAUUACUACAGUUCCUUCUCACAUCUUUGACUCGAUACCAGAGCUUAGGGAACUGAAACUGAGCGGAAAUCCAAUCCAGAGGAUCCUGAACAACGCCUUCAUACGCGUACAGACAUUGGUACGCUUGGAACUUUCCGAGUGCCUCCUGGGAACGCUUGAAACUCGGGCUUUCUCAGGCUUAGAGAAGACUUUAGAAUGGCUGAAGCUUGAUAAGAAUAAUGUUGUGAAUGUUAAAUCUUCCACACUAACGGCCAUGCAAAACUUGCACGGUUUAGAACUCGCCGAAAAUCCAUGGAACUGCACGUGUCAACUUCGUCCUUUGCGAGAGUGGAUGCUUAGACAAAACGUACCAUAUGACGUGCCUCCAAUAUGUCUUUAUCCGCCAAGACUCAGAGAAAAGUCUUGGGACAGACUAGACCUGGAUGAAUUUGCAUGUGUACCAAAAAUAACAGCCCCGGAAGCGCUGACAACGGGAGUAGAAGGUCGAAAUAUUACAAUGACUUGCAAUAUAGGUGGGAUACCAGAACCUAGUGUCAAGUGGUUGUGGAGGAACAAAGUUAUUGCCAACCUCUCUGGAGUCCCCUACAGUAACAGCAGGAAAAUGUACAUGAUUCAUGUGGAUGAUUACACUAGUAACCUCACAAUCUUGACAGCUGAUAUGCAGGAUGUUGGAGUGUAUGUGUGCUCAGCUGAGAAUAAGGCAGGUAAAGUGGAGGCCAGCGUGGCUUUAGCAGUGUUGCGACGGCCACCGGAAACAGGACUAUCUGGUCGUGUGUUGGUCGCGAGCGUAAUUGUGGCGGCUUUGUUCGUGCUUGCGUCUUGUCUUCUAGUGUUAUGCGUGUGCAGUGUACGUCGAAGACAGCAAAGCGGUGGUAAUGGAAGGUGGCAAGGCCAGGCCCAGAGUACAAUGCCUCGAGGUGGCCGUCGCAGAGACGACAGUUACGAAAAGAUGGAGAUGAACCACAAAGAACCAUCGAUGCUGAAUCACGCAGGAAGCGGUGCUGGAAGACGAAUUUUGCCGAAAGGUGGAAACAAUGUGUUGACUCCGGAACAAAACGCCGAGGUGGUCACAGUUGGACCGAUGAUGAAACAACACACUAGGCACGGCGAAUAUAGGGGAGUGCCGAGUGUUGACACCGACCUCGGCGAAGAUGACGACGACGAUGAAGGAGGAUACGAGGAUGAAGCAGAGACGCCGACUCCCACAACAGUGGUCUCCAGCACGCGGGACGGCAAGAUGUCUUGGAGCGGCCCGCGGUCGUCCGAUGAUACUCCGAGUAGCCACAGUGAGGUGCGUAGCAGUGCGCCGUCCGACACGACCGAUCUUCACAUCCCGAGGGGCGGAGAUGGUAGCUACUCGGACAACAGAGACGACAGACUUGCUGGUUCCGACGAGAUGAGGGAGGAUUUCUCACGACAGCCAGACACGCACAACGCUAACACAAGACAGCAGCCGGGCCUAAGUAACGCUUUGCGACGAGAACUUGGAGACCUUACGACUCAAACUCUACUCCAGCAGCACAUAAUGAGGAAGCAGACGGUAGGCACGAACGGGGGUAGUUUGUACACCUCAGUUCCACUGGACAGUGACAUUGGUGGUGGUGGUGGUGGUGGUAGUGACGUAGGUGGUGGUGUUGACAUUCGGACCGGUUCAGACAAAACCUACCCAGAUCUAUUAGAGAUUUCAUCUUAUAAUUUAAACAGCGGUGGUGUUAUUGGGGGUCCAUUGGACAUAGCAGAUAGUUCCUUCUGUACUUUGCCUCGAAGACGGGGUGGUGCUCUUGAUCGCGGGUCCACUGGGAGAGGAAGUUCGAAGUAUUACCGCGGUUCUGACAGUCAGUCGCCUUUAUUACCAGGCAGUCGAUAUAGCAGCAGUGGCGGCGAAGGCAGUGGUGGAAGCAAUGGAUCUAUUCCCCGAAGGUCAUCUAUAGAUUUACAUGCCUCUUCAUAUUAUCCUCUGUCUGCCGCACUCAUUGGUAAGAAACAUUCUAGCAUAGGACAACAACGGUCGAGCAGCUCAGUGAACUUAGCCUCCCCAGCUGUUUCAUCGACAUCAACGGAAUGUUCUGUAAGCAGCAGGGGGGUAGUUCACCCAUCUACUGACCUCAAGAGACCCGCUACUUUGACAACUACCGUUUCAGCGACGCCCCUUUUAAAUGUGAUGGGUUCGAACACUCUUGGAGUCGGUGAUCUCUACUCUUUAUCUCCACUUUCUGCUUCCACUGUACCAUCUGCAGCAGCGAACACAUAUGAUUAUCACGCAGCGCAGCUUGAGAGAUUCCUAGAGGAAUAUCGCAGUUUACAAGAACAGUUGUGUAAAAUGAAAGAGACCUGUGAGAAUAUUCGCCAACAGGAUCCCCCUGGCAGAACAGCCCGCACGCCCACUCCAAGUAUAUCACGGUUCGUGGACCCCCUAACUUAUUCGAGUGCAGUGACAACGCCAUCAGGAUCCGACGACAGCAACAAUCCUAAAUCUAUCCUAAAACAUAAAUCCUCCGGUGUCGCCGUCACAGCAGCGUCUGCUUCGUCGCCCAUCGGCGGUACUUCGACGUCUCCCAUUGCAUUCUGUACGUCCGGCGGUGCCGUUGACUACGGGUCUGAUCUACCACCGUACUGGCUACCCAGAAACAAACUUCUCAGAAGGUUCAGUGGUGGUGACUUUCAUCAGAGUUGAGACCAGUUACAAAAUGUUGGAUAUCAGUUUGUUGUGUUUUGUGGCUGAAAGAAUUACGUUAAAUGGCAUCAUAAUGUCGUAAACAAGAGCUGGCAUAUGAAUUUUUGGAAAUAAUCUAAUAAGACGCAUUUAUUUCUCUUUGGCAGACAGGAAUUCAAGAAGAAUAUUGUCAAAAAUGACUACUUAGCGAUGUUGUUACGGCUUGCAAUCCAGAGCUUAUUUGUCGACGAAAGAUACCAGAAUAUUUCUUUUCGUAAGAAUGCAGUAGGCCUAUGCGACUUUAUUUACCGAAAACAAUUAUAUAACUCAUCUUAAUACAUCUUAACACAAUUCAGAAUAUUUUAUGAAGGGGCAGUUGUAGUUCAUUCAUAUUAAGAUUUAUUGGACAAACAUGGCCAUAUGAGGGCAUUCUUACUGUCAAUAUUGUUGUUUAAGAACGCGUUCAAAAAUUAAAUUAAUUUCAAAUUAUGGCUUUUUCUUUAUAAAUAAUAUUCUAUGUAAAGUUUUCAAACAUAAAAAUGACUUUAAAAUUUACUGUGAACUUCGUGUUCAUGAAUAUUUUUACGAACUUGUUUUUCAGUUUUCUUAAUCUACGCUCGGAUAUAUGCAGUCUAUAAUACUUAUACAUUCCGAAAUUUGGGGUUAGACUAAAAAUUUCAAUUCCUGCUACAGCCCUUUCUGCAUUCAUUCAUUUAUCACCAACACGUGAUGGAAGACCGUAUGAUCGAUUGUGAAACUUUUAUAAUAUCCGACCAACCAACAAUGCAUUGAGCAAAGGAUUAAACAUAAUUGUUUUUAUUAAUAAGAUGAAUUAUUCGGAAACCAUCGCAUAUGUCGAAGACAUCAGUGUUAUAUGUAACCGAUUGGCGGUAAGUUUUUGUUAUGGUUGAACUGGUCGGUUGGGUAGUGAACUGAAAAGGUUUGAAUACUUUUAACUUCAGCAUCAGUGUCAUUUCAUGAAUUUUAUCCACCACGAAAAGAUUGACAUGUGAACAAGACACCAUGCUUUUGUUUAUUCGUUUGUUCGUUUGUCUGUAUGAAUGUUCUCCAUGCACUAUCACUAUUUGACCAUCUUUAAUCUCUUCCUUAGAAAUACUUUGACAUAUGAAUCGCAAGGCUCAAGGUGAAAAUUUAAAUAAUUUCUGUUUCUCACCUUGUAAAGUGUAUAAAGAAAUUGGAAGCUUCUAUUUACAAAUUUACAAGUUUACAAAUUCAUACACAAUAUCUGUUAUUUUAGGAGAAUGUACGAUACCACACGAUGUUCGGUGGAAAUGCGCACAAUUAACUGUUAUAUAAUCGAUGCCUUAAUCUCUCAUAAUAACAAAUUCAGGUAGACCUACUGAAGAAAAGUUUCUGAACGACGUGAACCAAGCUACUGUUCUCAUUAUCAUCAUUAUUAUAAUUCACACCAAAAUAAAUCCACGUGUAUAGUUGAAUUACGGCUGUACGAAACGUGACCUUCAACUUUACACGUAGAAUUUACGUUGUAAGAAUCAAUGCCACUAUUCCAGUUCCUUGUAAAUCAUUUAGUUUUAAUAGUGACGAUAACUUACUAUGAAAUAUUAUAUGUAACUAAAUUUAAUAUAUUCGAUUGUUAUCAUUUCAUUUAUUAGAUCCGGAAAUAGAUAUUUAACUGUGUGUGUGUCGAUUUCAGUGAUGUGUCGUGAUAUUAGGACACGCCUCAACAAUUUUAUAAAACUGAACUUCCCUUGAUAAGUAUUGAUGAGGAAGAGAUUAACUGUUUCCCAUACUUCGAGGUCCUGUUCCAUUAUCACCACAGUGCGCUGAAUUGUCCUAGGACUUGCUGAAGAAAUACGCAGGUGAUCAGAAUGAAACCGUUUGAUAAUCCUGACCUAUAUUGUAACAUUCUUAGGCCUAUGUGAAAAUAUUCAGUGAAUUUUAAAAUCGUUACUCAGUUAUAACGUUGAAGAAGGGCUCCAUCAAUUUCCUGUUGUACAUAAUAAGUAUUUAAGGUAAUUUAAAUAUGAAUUUUGAUGAGCUGACUUUUCUAGUAAAGCUUCUUUUCUUAGGCAGAAAUUAUAUUUACGCAUAAUUAAAACCGAAGAAACGACUUAAAGUAUUAAUGUGGAUUAAAAUGCAGAGGAAAGCACACGACCAUAUUUUUUUUUACAAUUGAAUAAUCGAAAUGCAUGAUUAAGACAUUAAUCAUGCAUCGACGUCCUAAUGUGCAUUAAAAUGAAAUCCUUCUAAAUUUUCAGCUCAGUCUCUCAAAUCAGAUAAGUAAAAGGAAUGUGUUCAAUAUCAACAGCAGAAAUUUGUCAGUCACGUCGAUCAUGGUUUUCUAAGAUCUCGCAUCGUGUAUUCGUGUGGGUGGUUUACCAAAGUUUCAGAGGAACAUGUCUCCUCUGCCUGCAGUGUAAAGGUAGCCAGCAUCGGGAUGGGAUCCUUUUUUAUAGGCGAGAGUAUCCAGUGUGAGUGCUGAUAAUAGCAGGAUGAGAAAGGUGACCUUGAGGCUAUGACAAGUACAAAUCUUGGUAGGCCCUAAUAAGAGUCGCCAUCUAAGGUAGGCACAGUGACGAAGAACGGGCGAGAUAAGCCAUCCGUUGUUCACUCAAAUCUCAUUGGAUGACCUCCCCCUACAGAUAUAUCUCACAUCCCGAAUUUACCGACUUCGUCCUGAAGAUAGAGGCUGUAUUUUCCACCGAAACGUUAACUACUCACGAGGAUAUACGACGUCGUAACGCAGACAAUCAUAAUCGACAUCUUUGCCGCUAUGAGAAUAUCAAAUGUUCAAUACAUUAUGCACGCCUAGGGAGAUAUUCGGUGUUAAAAUUAUAAGUUAGGAAAUAGAAAAAUGAGAGACUUUAAGUUUCAACUUGUAUUUAUUCCGUUAGAAUCUCUUGACGGCUGGGUGAAAUAUCGCAACUGCUUUCCUCUGCCACGCGGAUGACUUGACUAGAAUGUUGUGACGUUUGAAGAAAAAGUCGGACCAUUUAGUUGCACUGGAUGAGACAUCCCAUAUCACUAGAAGGAAACCCAUUGUUCCUUUUAUUCGUUUAAACGGGUAAUAUAAUAUAUUUAAGAGAGACAUGAUACAGCCUAAAAUAAAGACUUGUCUUUCCCUGUUA